AUGGCUUUCCCUCCCAGUCCCUUAGCUAUGGAAUAUGUUAAUGACUUUGAUUUGAUGAAAUUUGAAAUAAAGCGGGAGCCUUCUGAGGGCCGAUCUGGAGUCCCCACAGCCUCGUUGGGCUCCACACCAUACAGCUCGGUGCCUCCUUCACCCACCUUCAGUGAGCCAGGCAUGGUGGGCAGCGGCGAGGCCCCUAGGCCAGGCCUGGAGGAGCUAUAUUGGCUGGCCACCCUGCAGCAGCAGUUGGGGGCGGAUGAGGUUCUCGGGCUGAGUCCCGACGAAGCUGUGGAGCUGCUGCAGAACCAGGGUCCUGUCUCAAUGGAAGGGCCUCUUGGCUACUAUUCAGGGAGCCCGGGAGAGACAGGAGCCCAGCAUGUCCAGCUGCCCGAGAGAUUUUCGGACGCCGCGCUGGUCUCGAUGUCUGUGCGCGAGUUGAACCGGCAGCUGCGGGGCUGCGGGCGCGACGAGGCUCUGCGGCUGAAGCAGAGACGCCGCACGCUCAAGAACCGCGGCUACGCUCAGGCUUGUCGCUCCAAGCGGCUGCAGCAGCGGCGCGGGCUGGAGGCGGAGCGCGCUCGCCUGGCCACCCAGCUGGAUGCCCUGCGGGCCGAGGUGGCCCGCCUGGCUCGCGAGCGCGACCUCUAUAAGGCCCGCUGUGACCGGCUGACCUCCGGCGGCCCUGGGUCCGACGACCACACACACCUCUUCCUCUGAGCCUUUAGGGCAGGGGGUGUGGCGGUUUGGAGGUGGCUGGGUAGAUGGCGCUAUACAGGAGA